UUUUGUAACGCGAGUGAGUAAUACUUUUAAAAUCAUUGCUAUGUUCAUUCCAGUACGACCAUUUUUGCACGAAAACAGCCCGUAGACGACAAUUUCGAUUUACUUUAAGACGUUCAAAGUCUCCACAAGAUGGGGGACUUCUUCCGCAGCGAGGAAAUGGCUCUUGCCCAACUCUUCAUCCAACCAGAAACGGCGUACUUCGCCAUCUCCGAGCUUGGCGAAUCCGGAAUCGUCCAGUUCCGAGACUUGAACGAAGACGUUCACGCCUUCCAACGAAAAUUCGUAAACGAAGUCCGAAGAUGCGACGAAAUGGAACGCCAGCUGCGCUACAUAGAAGCAGAAGUGAAGAAACACGAUAUCCCUAUUACGGAACCGGAAGAUCUACCCCGUCCUCCUAAUCCUCGUCAAAUCAUAGAUCUAGAAGCGCAUCUCGAGAAGACCGAAAGCGAUAUCAAACAACUCACUCAGAGCGCUGUCAACUUGAAGUCCGACUAUUUGGACUUGAUCGAGCUGAAGCACGUCUUGGAGAAAACUCAACCUUACUUUAACGAAAGCGACGACGGGAGUGCGUUGGAUUCGGUACACAAGGCGCUGAUUACUGAAGAUGCGCAGAAUGGGAGGCUGAGUUUCGUGGCUGGGGUUAUCGGUAGGGAGAGAGUCCCAGGUUUUGAGAGGAUGCUGUGGAGAAUUUCUAGAGGGAAUGUGUUUGUGAAGCAGGUCGAGAUCGAUGAAGCUUUGGAGGACCCAGUCACGGGUCACGAAAAUUAUAAAACCGUCUUCGUGAUUUUUUUCCAAGGUGAGCAGCUACACACGAGGAUCAAUAAGGUGUGCGCUGGUUUCCGCGCGUCGGUGUAUGCAUGUCCUAGUGAUUUCCAAAAAAGAAGCGAGAUGUUGACUGGGGUGUCCACGCGUUUGGAAGACUUGAAUAUGGUGUUGAACCAGACGCGGGAUCACCGGGAAAGAGUGUUGGUCAACGUUGCCAAAGAACUGCAAAAUUGGAGCAUCAUGGUUAGCAAAAUGAAGGCGAUUUAUCACACUUUGAACUUUUUUAAUAUGGACGUGACCAAUAAGUGUCUAAUUGGGGAGUGCUGGGUUCCCACUAAAGACCUUCCUAUUGUACAGAAAACCCUCUCGGAUCUCUCAGCAACUUCCGGUAGUUCGAUCUCGUCGUUUUUGAACACCAUUGACACUAAAGAAACACCGCCGACUUUCAACAGAACGAACAGGUUCACACAAGGCUUCCAAAACUUGAUAGACUCCUAUGGUAUGGCCUCCUACCGCGAAGUCAAUCCAGCUUUGUACACCAUCAUCACGUUCCCGUUUCUCUUUGCGGUGAUGUUCGGAGAUGUCGGACACGCGAUUAUCAUGGCAUGUUUUGGAGGUUAUUUGGUUUAUGCUGAGAAGAGUAUCCUAAAGAAGAAAAUCACCAGCGAGAUCUUCAAUAUUUUCUUUUCCGGGAGAUACAUUAUUCUUCUGAUGGGGAUCUUCUCAAUUUACACUGGAGUUCUCUACAACGACUUUUUCUCAAAAGCGAUGAACAUUUUUGGGAGUACUUGGUUUGUGAAUUUGAAUCGGGAGGCAGCUAUGGAGCAGGAGUCAACUACGUUAGAUCCCAGGUUUGAUUACACUGGGUCUUCGUAUUUUAUGGGGUUGGAUCCAGCGUGGCAAUUUGCCACCAACAAAAUCAUUUUCUUUAACACGUUUAAAAUGAAACUGUCUAUUGUUAUUGGGGUCUUGCACAUGAUGUUUGGAGUUUGUGUCAGCGUUAUUAACUUCGUAUAUUUCCGGAAAUAUUCGUCUAUCUUUUUGGAAUUCCUCCCCCAGAUUCUCCUACUAUGUUUCCUCUUCUUGUGGAUGGUCGUGAUGAUGUUUAUGAAAUGGAUUUGGUAUUCUUGCGACAAAGCUAACGAAAUCGAGUACGGAUCUUCGUGUGCCCCUUCCAUCCUCGUCUUCUUCAUCAACAUGAUGCUGUUUAAAGAAGAAGAGCAGAAACCCGGUUGCGAAGUGUACAUGUUCGAGGGUCAACAAUUGCUCCAACAAAUCCUAGUUUACCUUUCCUUGCUCUGCAUCCCAGUACUCCUCCUAGGUAAACCUCUCUAUGUCAAAUUCACCCGAAAAGCUAAACCAAAGAAAGAUUCUGGGGACCAGACCGCCGCACAAAACGAAGAUGAAGAAGAAGAACCCAUCAGCGAAAUCUUCAUCCAUCAAGUUAUACACACCAUCGAGUACGUCUUAAGUACCAUUUCUCAUACUGCUUCGUACUUGCGGUUGUGGGCUUUGUCGUUAGCGCAUGCGCAACUUUCCGAGGUGUUGUGGAAUAGGUUGUUCCAAAUAGGGUUAAAGAGCUCCUCGUACGUGGGGGCUCCAAUGACAGUGAUACUGUUUUCUGUUUGGGCCUUUUUUACUGUCGCCAUUUUGGUUCUAAUGGAGGGGUUGUCGGCGUUUUUGCACACGCUGAGAUUGCAUUGGGUCGAAUUUCUGAGCAAGUUCUACCAGGGUGAGGGAUAUCCGUUUGAACCGUUUAGUUUUAAGGCGAUUUUGGAGCAGGAGGCUGGUGUUGAAGAUUAACCUAUUUGUUCUAUUCUACAAUUUUUAUGUAUUAAUUGGAUUUAUCAACAAAUAUACAUAUUCGUGUUGUUUAA